ACUUGCCACCGCAGUGACCGUGUCAGAGUCAGGAAACAAGCUGAUCCGUGUCGUAUCCUAUCAGUUCAACAGCGAGCUUAACCCAGUGUACACACUAAGAGAUCAGCCUUUAUGUGAGGAUGGAAGAACGCCGAAACAGGACGUGUGCGGUCUAAGAAUUCACCGGAGAGCAACAAAAGGCACAGAACUCUCGAGGAAUCAUCUGGAAGCGUCCGUUAAAAGUGAAAGCAGACCCGCUAUGGGUGUCACGGUGUUUCUGGGCAGGUAAACGUUUUCAGGCAGCCAGACUAGCCGCGCAGCUAGUGUCUCAGCGGCAAGACGCUAGCUCGAGUCGGGUUGAAUGAACUGUCGCCAGAGGCGGCAAAAAACAGCGCAGUGUGAAUACAUUUUAACUAGCAAAUAUAAAGCGAUCCUUGUGAAAAGCACAUACUGCCCGUUUUACUGUUUUCAAGGAGACUCUGGUGGCUGCUGGUGCAGGAAGGUUGAUUGACAGCUUGUCACAACGGAUUGUCCAGAUGUGGAGUCAGCACACGAAAUGUAGCUAGGCUCUGAGCCGGGAAUGGCUUGCCGAAGCAAACUCAUGAGUAGACUCACAGAUCAACAAACUACAACAACAAGCCAUGAACUUCAGUUUGGCGCUGAAGUGUCUCUGAAGUCCACAUCAGUCGAGCUGACACCCUGAGCUAGUCAGCUAAGUGAAGUUACCAAGAGGAUCCUGGCACACGAAAGCGGGCUGUUAGCUGGUGCGAUCCAGCGCGCCAGAGCAGUGUUUCUACAGUCAGUAUGAAGAGGACAGAGAAUAAAAACAAGAGGAAGCUCUGCAGCAUGGAGCAGCAGGACACUGGGGGAGAAGAGAAAGAUGCGAAGGAGUUUGCAGCUCCUCCUCCUCUCCUCUUCAGGAAGCUGAGUAAUCCCGACCUGUCACCCGCGGCAACUACUGCUACAAAAUCCAAACUGCACCGACAGCUGAGCCAGGAUGAGAGCCGGGCCCGACGUAGCAGCAUGGCCAUGACUGGUAAACAGCUGCUGCCUCUGUCCAGCAGUCUGCAUGCUGGAGUUAGUCAGCUGGCUUGGCAGGGCAACUCUGGGAGUUUUGGAGGGCCUGGGGCCACAGGGGGAGUAUCUGCAGGAGGAGAGGUCAACAACCUGGUCCGUAUGAGGAGCCAGGUCCUGGGACAGUCUGCCCCUUCACUCACCGGACUGAAGGAGCUGAGCCUUCCCAGAAGAGGCAGUUUCUGUCGGGCCAGCAACAGGAAGAGCCUGAUUGUCACGUCCAGCACCUCACCCACCUUGCCACGACCACACUCACCUCUGCAUGGACACACAGGUACCAGCCCACUGGACAGCCCUCGCAACUUCUCCCCCAACACAGCUGCACACUUUUCCUUUGUUCCUGCUCGCAGUCAUGGACACAGGGCUGACAGGACUGAUGGCAGACGCUGGUCUCUGGCUUCAUUGCCUUCCUCUGGAUAUGGCACCAACACUCCCAGUUCCACUGUCUCGUCCUCCUGUUCAUCCCAGGAGAAGCUGCACCAGCUGCCCUUCCAGCCCACGCCUGACGAGCUGCACUUCCUUACCAAGCACUUCAGCUCUGAGAGCAUCACGGAUGAGGAGGGACGACGCUCCCCUGCCAUGAGACCGCGCUCCCGCAGCCUCAGCCCUGGGCGCUCCCCUGUGUCCUUUGACCAUGAGAUUAUGAUGAUGAACCAUGUGUACAAGGAGAGAUUCCCAAAGGCGACAGCUCAAAUGGAGGAGCGUCUGGCUGAGCUACUUGCUUCCUCAGCCCCAGAUAAGGUUCGCCCAUUGGCUGACGGGGUCUUGAGCUUCAUUCAUCAUCAGCUUAUAGAGCUGUCCAGAGACUGCCUGGAGAAAAGCAAAGAGGACCUCAUCACUUCCCGCUACUUCUACGAACUCCAGGAGAAUCUGGAGAAGCUGCUGCAAGAUGCCCAUGAGCGUUCUGAAAGCGUAGAAGUUACCUUUGUCACACAACUUGUCAAGAAGCUGAUGAUCAUAAUUGCCCGGCCUGCACGUCUGCUCGAGUGUCUGGAGUUUGAUCCUGAGGAGUUCUACCACUUGUUGGAAGCAGCUGAGGGCCAUGCAAAGGAAGGCCAGGGCAUUAAGUCUGACAUUCCCCGGUACAUCAUCAGCCAGCUGGGCCUCACCAGGGACCCUCUGGAGGAAAUGACCCAACUCAGCAGCUAUGAUAGUGGAAACCCAGCAACCCCGGAGACAGAUGAUUCAGUUGAUGCUCGAGGAGCCACAGUCCCAUCAGCAUCACCACAGACUAAAGCCAAAACCCCUCGAGAGGAGGACUUUGAAAACAUCAAGCUCAUCAGUAACGGAGCCUACGGGGCUGUGUUUCUUGUACGUCACAAGGAGACCAGGCAGCGAUUUGCCAUGAAGAAGAUCAACAAGCAGAACUUGAUCCUAAGGAACCAGAUCCAGCAGGCCUUCGUAGAACGAGACAUACUAACAUUUGCUGAGAAUCCGUUUGUUGUUUCCAUGUUUUGUUCUUUUGAGACCAGGAGACACCUAUGCAUGGUGAUGGAAUAUGUGGAGGGUGGUGACUGUGCCACACUGCUGAAGAAUAUUGGAGCCUUGCCUGUGGAUAUGGCACGUAUGUACUUUGCUGAGACUGUCCUCGCCUUAGAGUAUCUUCACAAUUAUGGCAUCGUGCACAGAGACCUCAAGCCUGACAAUCUUCUCAUCACAUCUAUGGGACACAUCAAACUGACAGACUUUGGCCUCUCUAAAAUUGGUUUGAUGAGUUUAACCACAAACCUGUAUGAAGGACACAUAGAGAAAGAUACCAGAGAGUUCCUGGAUAAACAGGUUUGUGGAACUCCAGAGUAUAUUGCCCCCGAGGUGAUUCUCCGUCAGGGCUAUGGCAAGCCAGUGGACUGGUGGGCAAUGGGAGUCAUCCUGUAUGAGUUCCUGGUGGGCUGUGCUCCCUUCUUUGGAGACACACCAGAGGAGCUCUUUGGUCAGGUUAUCAGUGAUGAGAUCAUCUGGCCUGAGGGGGAUGAAGCUCUGCCUCAGGACGCGCAGGACCUCAUCUCAAAGCUGCUGAGACAAAAUCCUCUGGAGAGACUGGGCACAGGAAGUGCCUUUGAGGUGAAGCAGCACCCGUUCUUCACAGACCUGGACUGGAACAGCCUGCUGAGGCAGAAAGCCGAGUUUAUCCCCCAACUGGAGUCGGAGGACGACACCAGUUACUUUGACACUCGUUCUGACCGCUACCACCAUGUGGAUUCAGAGGAGGAGGAAGAUACCAAUGAUGAAGAACACGUGGAGAUACGACAGUUUUCCUCCUGCUCCCCUCGCUUCAGCAAGGUGUACAGUAGCAUGGAGCGUUUGUCUCUGCAUGAGGAAAAGAGGACUCCUCCUCCCACCAAACGCAGCCUCAGUGAGGAGGGAGGAGAUCGCAUCGACAGCCUAAGUGGACUCAAGUCCAGAGAUCGAUCUUGGCUGGUGGGAUCUCCAGAGAUCUUGCGGAAACGUCUGUCAGUCUCUGAGUCCUCCCACACAGAGAGUGACUCAAGCCCACCUCUGCCCGUCAGGAGACGCUGCUGCUCCGCUAUAAUUGAGAUGCCCCGCUUUGCUAUUUCCUCAGAGGAGGAAGGAGGCCAAGGGCAAGGUGCACUUGGCAGUCGAAAGAGUCCCAGCCUGCUUGGUCCAAAUGCAGUGAGGGGCCUGCGCAGUGAUGAGCUCCCCCUCGCCAUCCCAGAGCUCCCAGUAGAGAGAGAGCUGAAACUUGAUGAGUCUCCCACCACACCAAGCUCCACCUCCAGCCAGCUGAGCAAGGCCACACUCACACCAGGCAGCUCAGGCGAUGUGUGCGAACGUGCCAACAGCAGUAAUGGUGCCACCACUGGAGGUGCCAAAGCUGCAGCAGACAGCGACUCUCCCUCCAUUCCAAAGGCCAUCAGUGAUCUGGCAGCUCGCAGGGCUCGACAUCGUUUGCUGUCUGGAGAUGCUGACAAACACACAACUGCAAGUUCCAGGCCACUCAACAAAGUUAUCAAGUCGGCCUCGGCUACCACGCUGUCACUGAUGAUCCCUGCAGACCACCAUGGAGCAUCCCCAUUGGCCAGCCCAAUGUCUCCCCACUCACUCUCAUCCAAUCCAUCAUCACGGGACUCUUCACCAAGCCGGGACCUGUCUCCAGCUGUGACCAAUGUUAAACCCGCCAUCAUCAUCCACCGAGCUGGAAAGAAGUAUGGCUUCACUCUGAGAGCCAUCCGAGUUUACAUGGGUGACUCUGACAUCUACACUGUACAUCACAUGGUUUGGCAUGUGGAGGAGGGGGGACCAGCCCAAGAGGCAGGGCUCAGGGAGGGUGACCUGAUCACCCACGUCAAUGGCGAGCCAGUCCACGGCCUGGUUCACACAGAGGUAGUGGAGCUUAUUCUAAAGAGUGGUGCCAAAGUGUCCAUCUCUGCCACACCAUUUGAGAACACAUCCAUCAAAGUUGGUCCUGCUCGAAAGACUAGCCACAAGUCCAAGAUGGCGAGGCGAAACAAAAAGACCAAGAAUAAGGAGGGACAGGACAGUAAAAAGAGGACGUCUCUGUUCAGGAAGAUCACCAAGCAGGCGUCUCUCCUCCACACCAGCCGCAGUCUGUCCUCUUUAAACCGCUCUCUCUCGUCAGGGGAAAGUGGCCCCGGCUCACCAACACACAACCUGUCACCACGGAGCCCAACACAGGGCUACAGGUCCACUCCAGACUCCACCCAUUCAGUGGGUGGGAACUCUUCUCAGAGCAGUUCACCCAGCUCCAGUGUCCCAAACUCCCCAGCAAGCUCCGGCCACAUUCGGCCCAGCUCCUUACAUGGACUUGCACCAAAGCUCCAGCGCCAGUACCGAUCCCCUCGGCGCAAAUCAGCUGGCAACAUCCCCCUCUCCCCGCUGGCUCGUACACCUUCUCCCACCCCUCAGAGCAGUUCUCCUCAACGCUCUCCUUCACCGCUGUCCAGCCACACUCUAGGCCAGUCUGCCAUGGGUCAGUCAUUUCCUGUGAAGCUUCAUUCUUCUCCUCCUCUGGUGAGGCAGAUAUCCAGACCUAAGAGUGCGGAGCCUCCGCGCUCUCCGCUCCUCAAGAGGGUGCAGUCAGCUGAGAAACUAGCAGCCUCUCUCACCAACUCUCCUUCAACCUCUUCGGGCAUGGCAGCAGCGGCAGAAAAGAAGCUGACUGUGGGAGCAGCCGUGGGGAGCCGUAAACACAGCCUGGACAUCUCACAUUCUGACUUUAAAAAGGAGAUUCUGCAGAGGGAGCCGAGUUUACAGAGCCUCCAGGAGUCAUCCAGCGAGGGUCUUCUGUCUUCAGCAGGACGCGGUGUGGAGAAAGGCAGUUUGCACAAACACUCUUCCUCAUCCAGGAAGUUAGGGCGUCAGGAAGGGGAUGGCACCCUUGGUGUGGUGUCUGGCUCACUGGGUCUAUCACCUGGAAAGAGCAAGCUGAAGGACAAACUGUCAGCCAUCAGGCAAGACAGAGCUGAGCGAAGGGAGUCCCUGCAGAAGCAAGAUGCCAUCCACGAGGUGGAUUCAUCUGAGGAUGAGACAGACGAGGGCUCAGAGGACAGCCAGGAUGGACGCAGGGGGACUAUGUUCACCCCACCUCCCCUGCUGAGACCCACCACUGUGAGGACAGGUCCCGGAGGCACGCUGCCAUCCCUUUGUCUCUCCCCCUGCUCCUCCCACGCCACAUUCACUCAUACAGGGCCUGCUCAGGUAGGCAGACCCAGUCCCUCACACACUUUACCACCUGUUGCAGAGAUGAAGCCCAGUCAGACUGCCUCCCCUGCAGGAAUAAGAGAUGGAAACUUGGCGUCGUCCACAGAGGAAGAUAUAAGACAAGAGAGGAAGCUUCUAGAGCCCAGCAGUACAACAAAAACCAUUCAGGGUCCCCUUCCUUUUUCCACUCCAGGCAGUGCAUUCAUCUCAGUCAGCAAGGAUACCUUUAUUAAGCCAGCUCCUCCACAAGACUCAAAGAGUCUCAAGGGGAAGACUGGACCAUCUGAACCCCGAGCAGAGGGCCAAACACCUGACAGCCCCAGAUCCUGCACUCCCUGUACAGAGAGGUCUACAGGUACUUCCAGCUGCAGAAGUACUCCAAAUACCACAGACUCCAAGAUUGCCUCGAGUACUACAGACUGCCGAACCACUGACAGCCAAGAGACUGCUUGCACCUCCUGCUCAUCUCCAGGCAUCCCAAAGGAGAAGAAGGAGGCUGACAACCGGAGACUGUGUGCAGCUGCUGCUGCAGCAAGUCUCAGUGCCUCACCUUCAUCCAGUUCUAGCUCUAAUCCAAGUUCAGGCUCCCCAGUUCCCCCUGCUGAUAGUGGGGUUGACAAAGUUGUGUCCCAGCUUGCAACAGUAGCUAAAAGCGUUCUGGGUCCAGUCAAACUCAACACCAAGGAGCAGAAACCAUCCAGAGGUGGCACCCCAGAAGUUCCACCUGCUGACCCAGUCCCUUUCCCCUCUAAACAGGUUACAAGCCUUCAGUCACCUCAGCUCUCCCCAAACAGGCAGAAAACUCAAGGCACUGCUUUACCAACCACCACCACCACCACCACCCCCAUGAGGCCAACCAAAUUCACCACCCAGAAAGACUGUGCAGCCUCUCAGCCUCCAUCUUGCACAGAUGUCCCAGAAAGGCAAGCAUCACAGUUUGCAAGCAGAGACAGCACUGCCACCUCUGCGUUUGCACAGAGGCUUGGUACAGCAGCAGCAGCAAUUCAGCCUACUGUCAGCACAGCCCCACCCACUUCUGCAGCAACUGAGCCUCAGCGCAAGAGGCCAGACUCCCAGACGUCAACAGCUACCACUGCCGCCUCGCAACAAGACAAAGCAAACAGCAAGAAGACGUAGCAGCAAAACUAGCAGAGUACCAGAACAAAAUGUACAGAUCACAGGACUCAGUGCUGGCUCCAAGAUUUAGAACGUCCACAGACUGCAUGUUUGGUAAAAAACAUAUUAACUGCAUCACACUACAUCAAUAACAUCAGAAAGCAAAGGAAAGCAUACAGCAGGAGAGCUGACAGAAGCAGAGCCAGAUGACUUAGUCCCAGCUUUAUUCCAACUGUUCUGUUGUUUAUGUUCAUGUGAGUUAUUUGAGUUCUUGCUUGAUUAAAUGUGAUGAGGAGUUGGCGUUCUUUCUUUUUCUGCAAACAUGUAAGGGGCUAGAAAUACAGUACAGCUCAGUGGUCCAUGCAGACACUACUUUAAAAAGGGCACACAACUUUUUCACUCAUCUUGUGCUGCCUCAUUAUCUCUCACCUUGAUGUUGCGCAGAGCCUCCGCACAUGUUCCACAAAGAGAUCAGGACGUGCCUUAAUGAACGCACUCCUCUUUCUCCCUGUCUGUUCUAUUCCUCCUCACAUCCCUGCUUUCUUAGCACCUGCUUACGAUGGAAAGAAAAUUGUAUCUCAGCACUAAAGUGCAGCAUUAUAUUUAGUAAUCUGUUUAAUUGCAUUGGUGUUUUUAAUAGGAGUCGAUCUUGCAUUGUCAGUGUACACACAGCACCCAGCUAAAUAGGCCAGAUUCAUUUCUCCUUUUGCUGUGCUCCCUGGUGAUCCAGCACUGGAGGUCUUCAGGACCCUGCGGGUCUGCUUCAACCUUUGCAAGCCUUUGAACAUCCUCUGAACCUUCAUUUUUGUCUUUACUGCACAGCACAUUGCAUACCUGCUGGACAUUUUGCAGAGGCUGUCUUAGUUUUCCCUGGCUCUGUUCCCAGUGUUUUUACUUAUUUCACAAUUUUAUUUGUACCAUGUCCGAUUACAUUUUUUAGAGCUGACACUUCUUUUUUUUUUUUAACUUCAAAACUGACGGUAACAUUCAGUGUUUAAAAUAACAACAUCUGAGAAGUAAAAUAAAAAAUUGCAGUGUUUUUUGCUGACUUUCUGAGACAGCUGUCAUACAACAGUGUUAGCUCACAGUGAGUGACAUAUUGGAGAGACAGUGCAGGGAUGCAGCCGUGCCACUUGUUCUAUGUUUGAACUAAUCAUUUUCAAAUAGUGCAAGCCCAGAAAUGUUUUCAGUAGCUGUUCCCAUUUAGGAUUAAGUACAGGAUGUUUGCUCCAAAAAAUCUGUUGAACCUUCCGUUGCUCCACUCUUGUUAUAUUAGCAAAUAUACACACGUACAUCGUGUCAGUUCUAGACAAUUAACGUUUUCCAACAGCUUUGCUGGAAAACACACCCAAAUACAUGUAUUUUUAUUUCAAGGAUUGCACGGUAGUCAUAAUUUGUCUUUGUUGCAUGCAGCUGGCUUAACUGGGCUUCUUUGGAUGUCCUUUAUCUCACAACCUCUUGACACCCAUCAUCAGUGUUUGAGUGUUGUUUAUGAGGUGGGAUCAGAGCCUUUCAGGAAUGGCACCUCUCGACCGUACUAUUUUUAGAUCUCAGUGGAUGUCCCAUUAGACCCAUUUGCACUUGUUCCUCUGCAGUGUACACUGGAUCUCCCCCACCGUGUCAAAACUGCAAUCCUUCAACUCCAUUUUCAUUUUUGGGUUGUGGACAAAGUCACAGGGAGACAAAUCUGGCGAGUGGUCCUGGUGGUGAUCAAAGAUUGCAUUCUGAUGGCCCAGAAAAACUGUCUUUUCACUGCUCCAUCUGUUGCCAUACAACGGCACCGCCUAACCCUCUGAAUGUUGAAUAAAACACUGAGGAAGAUGAACUUUUUGAUCCCACUUCAUAUAACAAUGAUGCCAAGGAUUUGAUCACAUGGCUGACUAAUCUAAUUUAUUUAUACCAGAGUUCAAUUAGCUGACAAACCUUCAGAGAUGCACCAUUAACAAAUAAAAUAAAAA